CCCCGCCCCCCUUCCCUUCCAUAUAUGAUUCGACUUCUUCUUUUUUAUAGACGACUUUUGAAUUUCUUUUCGGCUUACUUUUAUUUUCUCUCUCUCUCUCUCUCUCUCUCUCUUCUUCUUCUGAAAACUGAAAACAAACAUGUCCUCCAUAUUAACCUCACAAGGAGUAGUCUUGGCCACUGCCAUGGCGGUCUCCGGCACUGUAAUCCUCCUAGCUUUACGCCUUCAAAAAUCUUUACCCACAACCCAAUUCUCCGUCGCCGAUCAACUCCCUCAGUCCUCACACACAAUUCUACGCUCUUGUAUCUCAUCUGCAGAGAGGAAAAAGAAGAAGAACAAGAAAAGGGUUCACUUUGCAGAGGAUGUAGUAGAUCCAAGUGGGGAUGGAGAGGAAUUCAGGAGGCAAAACAGAGGAUUGAAUAGCAAUUCUUCAAAUUCAUCAAUGAAGUUCAAGAGGACCAGUUCUGAUAAAUACAAAGGAAUGCCUGCUAACAGAGCAGCUCUUUACCAUGGAAUUCUCAGGGAUCGUGUGGUUCACCGCGUGGCCUACUCUUACUGAUGAUUGUUUCUGUUUCUAAUUUCUCUUCUCUUCUCUUCUCUCUGUAUAUUUAUCUGUUUUAAUUUUAAGUUUUUUUUUUUUUUUUUCCUCUUUUUGUACAUAUUUUAGAGUUCUUUUUUUUUUUUUUUCAUCUUGUCAAAAAGUUUUAAGAGGGAAUAUUCGGAAUUGGAAGGAAUGACCGGGGCCCACAUGUUCUGGUAGGUACUUACCUGCUCGGUGCUGCAGUUGUGUCUUAUGAACUUGAUUGGUUACUUGGUGGAACCUCUUCUGAUUGAAAGAAUAGUUUUGUUGAUUAUUUAAAAAAAAAAAAAAAAAAAAAAAAAAGCCUAAUCUUUUUUUUUUUGGUCUUUGUUUUGGUACAUAACUGAUAUUUUUUUCAAGAUUUCAUCCUUUUGUAUCUUUCCCUUCUAUAUAUAAUCCCUGAAUUAUAUGUGAAA